AUGUUGAAUGGACAUUUUUUAAGUGUAAUAGCUACCAGAAUAAAAUUUUUAUUUUUUGGUUUUUUGAGAAAAAUAAAUGCUAAAGAAUAUGAUGUGUAUAAAUUUGGUUUAUUUAGGAGAAAUGCAUUGUAUGAACGAAUAUGUAUAUGUAAAAACAGUUGUGUGCUAUUUGCUCAGUAUAUUUUUGUAAACAAGUUUCUAGAGCAAAUAAAAUAUAGAAAAUGGUUCACCAACAGCAUCCUUUAA